AUGUACAUUGAAGCCCUAAUAGACACGGGAGCGUCUCAUAAUUUUAUAAGCGCCCAAUUAACUGAGGAUUGUAGCGUUGCUUCUUCAUCAUUACGCAUUGCCAACCUCGCUAAUGGGAAAAGUAUGCGUAUCUUGGGUAAAGUCCGUAUAACCAUACAAAUUGGAGGAUGUCAGCAGGAAGUUGAAGCUUUUGUCGCCGAAGGCUUACAAGAAAGGUUCAUCCUAGGGGUUCCGUGGUUACGGGGCAGCAACGCUACCUGCGACUUUGAGAGAAUGUGUGUUCACUUUGGCACAGACACACGGCACACUGUUUAUUGGAUCCGACCAAAAUCACCAACUACCACACCGGCCGCACCUGUUGAAAAAUUGGUAACACACAAUUUCCCUCCAAAGUACCAGACCCAGUUUCAAAAAUUGGUCGAUGAUUUUCAAGAAGUGUUUAAAAAGCCUACUUCUCCGACGAAAACCGCUCGACACGUCAUCCGUCUGACUAAAAACGAGCAUUUCUGCCUACCACCGUACAGGUAUUCCGAAGAGAAGAAGAGACUAAUCCAGGCCCAAGUCGAGGAGAUGCUAACGGACAAGAUUAUUGAGCCAAGCCAGUCCCACUACAAUUCUCCCGUAGUAAUGGUGAACAAAAAGAGCGGCGAUCUAAGGUUCUGCGUGGAUUUCCGGCGCUUAAACAACAUUACACACGAUGAAGUUUCGCCUCUUCCGGCGAUUCACGAAACACUCAAGGCAAUAGGGAAAUCAACCAUAUUUUCGACGAUUGACUUAAAAUCGGGUUAUUGGCAAAUUCCCAUGGAUCCUGAAUCGCGGCCGCUCACAGCAUUUACUGCCCCAGACGGCGGAAAGUUCCAGUUUUGUGUAAUGCCUUUCGGGCUAAAGGGAGCUCCUGCUACCUUCCAACGGACAAUGGGACAAGAAGUGCUGACAGGAUAUCUCAGAAGAUUUUGUCUGGUUUACUUGGACGAUAUCAUUGUGUUCUCCAGUUCAUGGGAAGAACACAUUCAACAUCUCCGACGUGUAUUCGAAAGAUUACAGCAACAUAACCUCGCCUGCGCUCCCGAGAAAUGCGUCUUUGGGUCCAGAACAAUUACCUACUUAGGUCACUGCAUCUCCGCCGAAGGAAACUCGCCACUCCCUAGCCAUUUAGGAAAAAUUUCUGAAGCACCUGUCCCAACAACGUGCAAAGAGCUGAAAAAGUUUCUAGGCUUAUGCAAUUGGUUACGAGAGUAUCUUCCACGUUUUGCAGAAAUUUCGGCCCCUCUUACUGACCUACUAAGCCCCAGGAAAAAGUGGAAUUGGACGCUGGUAUGCCAACAAGCCUUCGAACAAAUCAAAAGUCUAAUGCAACAACCACUUCGACUUCAUCGACCGGAUUUCAACAAAACAUUUAUCCUGCAAACCGAUGCCAGCAAGCAGGGUGCUGCCGCUGUCUUAUACCAGGAGGGUCCAGAGGGCACCAAGCACAUUAUUUCGUACGCAAGCACCCGUUUUAAUCCCACUGAGCAAGCGUACCAUAGCAACGAACAGGAGUGCCUCGCCAUCGUUUGGGCAAUAAAGAAGUACCGUCCCUACCUGGAGGAUAAGCGGUUCAUUUUAAGAACCGACAACCGCACCAUCACGUGGUUACAAAAUAUGAAGGAUGCACGCGCGAAAUUGACUAGAUGGGCUCUACUAUUGCAAGAAUUCACAUUUACUCUGGAACACUGUCCGGGAGCUACUAACCAUUUGCCGGAUGCCCUAUCCCGCCUACCAGCCGAAGAGCUUGUACCUUCAGAUAGCGACGACGUGACUCGACUUCUUCCUCCUUGCAACCGCAGUUCAGCUACCCCAGAGAUAUUCCAGGUCCAAGUUGAAACGCUUCGCGAGGAAAUCCGGAGAAAACAACUAACGGACCCGGCUAUCAUGCAGCUGUGCCAGCGGUAUAAUUUCCUGAAGGAAAAUCCUGUCGGCCACACCGAAGAAGACGUUACCUUCCUACGGCGCUACCGUGUAAGUGACAACAUCCUUUGGGAGAAAGAGACGAACGUUUGGCUUAUUGUAAUACCAACAUCCUUCCAACCACAACUGCUACAAAAGUAUCACGACGAAGCUGGACACCCCGGCAUCCAAGAAACCACCCGCCGAAUGUCGCUGUUUUAUAAAUGGGAAAACAUGAAGGGCAAUAUUUCAAAUUACAUCCGCCAGUGCCGCAUAUGUCAAUGCAGCAAAAAGCAGCGAAUCACUAGAGCACCGCUUCGACCCCGACAGCCCGAUAAACCGUGGGACACUAUCGCCCUCGAUCUUAUGGGACCUUAUCCUAGGACCUCGCGUGGGAGGAAAUUCAUUUUAGUGGUCACGGAUCUUUUCUCCCGUUGGGUAGAAGCAUUCCCCAUAAGCGCAGCCACUACUGCCGUCGUCACCAGACUACUGGAGCAGGAGGUUUUGAACCGAUAUGGCUACCCCCGUGCAAUCCUUACGGACAAUGGUUCCCAAUUUACCAGCAGGAAUUGGAAGGCCGCUUGCGUAAAAUGGAAAGCGCAACAUUGGACAACAGCUAUAUACCAUCCACGGGCGAAUCCCACGGAAAGGCGUAACCAGGAAAUUAAGACCGGUCUGCGGAUUUAUCUGCAACAAGGCGAUCAUCGCACAUGGGACACCCACUUGCCGAAAAUUCUCUUCGACCAGCGCGGCCGAAGGAACGCAGCCACCGGCACCACCCCUUAUUACGCACUUUUUGGACGAACACUCUUAAGGCCAGGAGAAUGGGAUAAUUCCAACGACGAGGACGUAGCGAACCUACCCACCUACCAGGAAAGGACCGAUGAUAUUCGAAGGCAUCAACAGGCUUAUCAGAAUCAGCGAGCUGGCGCCGCAACCAGAGACAUACAUCCUUAUGAGCAUGGACAACAGGUGUAUUGCAGGGAGCAACCCCUUUCCAACGCCGAAAACCAUUUUCAUGCCGGUUUUGCUCCUCGAUGGUCAGGUCCCCACAUAGUCCAGGGAUAUGCCGGUGGAAAUACCUACUGGGUCCAAAAGGACAAUCGAUUGGUGAAGAUACACCAUGAUCAUCUACGGCCUGUCCCGGCUCCAGGGAUCUAA